GGGAUUCAACUACUCUUUUCCUGACUUUGUCCAAAGUAGAAGUUUCUCCCAUUCUUCUUUGCAGAUCGUCUCAAACUCUGUCAGGUUGGAUGGAGACCGCCGAUGGACUGCCAUUUUCAGACACUUCAAAUUAUCCAGUCCAUCAGAAACUUCAGCACAUCAACCAUCUAACAUGAACUCCGUGCUAACCACAAGUCAGCAGAAAACAAUCUGCUCCCAGCUGGGAAGUGUCAAACUCCACCUGCUGUACAAGGCCAGCAUCCAUGGUUUCACCGGCGCAGCCUUCCACCAAAGAUGUGACACCCGCUGUCCCACAGUGUCCGUGGGCUAUAACGUCUCCGGUUAUGUGUUUGGAGGCUACACCAUACAACCUUUCAAUAAGUCUGGGAACUACGUGCAUGAUGACCAGGCCUUUCUUUUCACCUUGAUUGGAGAAAAACUCCUCAAAUAUCCGGUCACCGUUCCCGCUAAAGCAGUUAGAAUGGUACGUAACUCAGGUCCAUGUUUUGGAGAUUCGUUGAGUCUUGUCUAUGGAGACAAAGCAUUAGUCUCUAGCAUUCAAGGAAGUUCUUACAACAUCAAUGCUGUAGAAAUGCAUGACAACGACCUCAACCUGACUGAGUGUGAAGUCUAUCAAGUGGAAGCGAUCCCAGAAUUUGAGAAGCCAUGGAGGCCGGUGGUCUGGGAAAAUAAAAAGAGGACAGAGAUGAUGGAAAGUAUUAAGGUCUAUACAUCCACAGCUAGCUCUGUGACCCAUGCUCGGGUCCUGCUCAUUGGACCAGUUGGAGCUGGAAAGUCCAGCUUCUUCAAUUCUAUCAACUCUGUAUUCAGAGGCCACGUCAGCAACCAGGCCAGCGCUGGCUGCUCGACCACCAGCCUCACCACACAGUUUCGCACCUACUCAGUGAAAGCUGGACAAGCAGGAAAAUCUCUGCCAAUCACCUUGUGUGAUACCAUGGGAUUGGAGGAAAACAUGGGGGCGGGGCUUGACAUGGAUGACAUCAUCAGCAUUCUCAAAGGUCAUCUGCUAGACAGUUAUCAGUUCAACCCCUCAGCUCCUCUGCUUUCGGAGGCCAGCGGCUACCGCAAGUCUCCCGGGCUCAAGGACAAGAUCCACUGCGUGGUCUACGUCAUUGAUGCCUGCAAAGUCUCCAUCAUGCCCACAAAGCUGGAGCAGAAGCUGGAAGCUAUCCGCAGAAAGGUCAACUUAAUGGGGAUUCCUCAGCUGGUCCUGAUGACUAAAGUGGAUGAAGCGUGCCCUCUGGUUUCACAGGACAUUAGGAACAUUUAUAGAAGCGGCUACAUCAAGAAAAUGAUGCAGGAGGUCAGCAUUCGGGUCGGUGUGCCAAUGUCCUGUGUUGUUCCGGUGAAGAACUACAGCGAGGAGUUUGAGUUGGACCCGAACUGCGACAUCCUACUACUCACCGCCAUCAUCCAGAUGCUUCGCUCUGCUGAUAGUUACUUUGAUGAGCUCAGUGACCGAUUGAACAACAUAGAAAUAAAAUAAAACUGUAAUGUUCUUCAGGUCAGGUCCAAGAUGGCUCCCACAAACCUACCCUUGUAGUUUCACCAGAUAAAUAUUACAUAUUUUUUUAUGGACAGUUUAAAACAGAUACUGUUUUUAUUUAGUUUUUGUUUGAUUUUAUUUAGAUGCAACUGCCAGUCAAGGUGUCUUUGGGGCCUUUCUAUUAUUAUACAUUUUCGCCGCCUUCCAACAUUACUCCAUAAUUAUAGAAACUUUAUGCAGUUGAUUAUCUAUAAACCAAAUCUGAUUAAACUGAAACUUUCUUUCUAUAGUACUGUCCAAAAAUGCCACAAAAGCUUGAUUGGGUAGUCGGAUGGCUCAGAGCACUGCUCUAUAUUUUGCAUGUAUUAGGCUGUUCAAUGGUUCAAACAGAAAGGGAAGAAAGAGACACAGAUACCUCUGAGCAACAGUUGAAUACAAAUAACAAAUCAAGUCACUUGUAAAAUAAAUUGGAACAGGCUUCUGUUUCAGUGUCAGGAGCACAAUAAUGCCCUAAUAUGUUUUAUCUUGUAAAAUGUCCGUUAGACCUCAAGAACUCCACACUGAACUUCUGUGGGUCCUCAGCAAUGCACCCACCACGUGUGAAGUCGAUCACAUAAACCAGGGGUCGGGAACCUUUUUGGCUGGGAGAGCCAUAAAAGCGAAAUAUUUUUAAUGUAUUUCCUUGAGAGCCUGUCACAAUCUUGUAAAUACUUCCUGUUUUAUUUUUUAAAUGUUCACUCCCCUGUGUAUCAUGUCUUGUUUUACUUCCUGUCCUUGUGUUUUUCCCUCCCACUUUGAUUGUUGAUUUGGUCCUCCUGUGUUUUUGCCUUUCUCUCCCAGCUGUGUCUCGUUCACUCCUUUGUGUCUGUGUGAUAUUACCCUGUCUGUCCCAGUGUUCCUUGUCAGUUUGUCAUCCAUGUGUCACCCUUGUUUGUUGACGGUUCCUCGUGCCUCCUAGUACCUCCCUGUGUUUCUCAUGUCAUCCUGGUUUGUCUUUUCAGUUUACUUUUUACUUUUUGUAUUCUGAUAACUUGAUGCCUCUGUUGUUUUUGCUUUGUACCUUUUGUGUUGUCCGCUUUGUCUUAAUAAAGCUCACUUUUUGUUAAAUCAUUCUCAUCUGCCACUCUGCGUUUUGGGUCCUCACCUUUUCCCCACCGUGACAGCCAUAUAUUUAAUAAAAUUGAAUGAAACUAUAA